GCUUGUAGACAAGAAUCACGAGCUUACCUACAGUGCCGCAUGGAUAAUAAUCUAAUGGCCAAGGAGGAUUUUUCCAAAUUAGGUUUCAGUGACAGUGCAAGUGAACCACAGCAGCAGAAAAAGUGAUAACCAACGAACAAUGAGCAAGAGAAAAAACAUUCUAAUCGGUUGCACUGGCAGUGUAGCCACCAUCAAAUUACCAAUAUUAGUUCAAAAGAUUCUUGAAUACGAUUGUGAAGCUGAAAUCCAAGUUGUCGUAACGAAACACGCAGAGCAUUUCUUCUCUUCCGCGGACAUACCAAGUGAAAUCAUAAUUCACCGAGACGAAGACGAAUGGACCAGCUGGAAAAUGCGGGGCGAUCCUGUACUGCAUAUCGAACUGGGUAAGUGGGCUGACCUGAUGAUAAUUGCUCCGCUUGAUGCCAACUGUUUAGCGAAGAUGGCUCAAGGUUUGUGUGACAAUCUUCUUCUGUGUACGGCAAGAGCGUGGGAUUUCCGGAAACCGCUACUCUUCUGUCCUGCCAUGAACACUCGCAUGUGGGAACAUCCAAUUACGGCUUCCCAAAUUGAAACACUCAAAUUUUGGGGAAUGCAAGAAAUCCCAUGCGUGGCGAAAACGCUCAUGUGCGGUGAUACAGGCUUGGGAGCGAUGGCCGAGGUGGACACAAUUGUUGAACGCUUAGUAAAAUGUAUGAGGGAAAUGAAGGAUGUAUAUAAAUGAUUUUUGAUGUCCAAUAAAAUGUUUUGUAUACGUUGGGA